CCCCCCCCUCUCCUCCCUCGCACCGUCCUUUCCGUGUAGUGAAGCAUCAGCAGAGCUGCAGCGCUUCGGGGCCUACACGCAAUGAUUAAUUGCAACUUCUCCAACUUUCCUCUGCCGGUGUUUGUGCAGGAUCAGAACAGACGGGGCUGUGGGCACAUGGCACAGGGAAGGGCUCGGUCGUAGCUCUCUGUUUUGGGGCUCUCCCUGGAGCCGGGGUGCUGCGUUGGGAAGCACCGGGCACGCAUCGUGCAGCGGUUCUGGAGCGCUGCCUGGUUCUCAGCUGUCACUUGAGGUGCCCCUGUUUCUGCCGUGCAGUACGGUGAAAGCCUCCAUUAGCGUCUUGCAAAUCAAGCGCUGAAGUUAUUUAGUUUAAUUAUGUUGCAUUUAAUUAGGAGAGACAAACCAAUGCUCUUUGGUGUUUAAGGAGCAGCUAGAUGCUUUCCUACUGGGGGCCGUGCGGCAGCAGCGUGGCUCAGAUGCGUGAAGUGCAGCACUGGGGCUUCCCAGGGCAGUGGUUUAGGAAGAUCCCCGCUUUAGAGGAGCGGGGCUGGUAGCAGCCCUCCAUGGCUUUGAUCACUCGGUCCUCGUUUGUGCUGGCUUCUGUGCUGCGCUGUACAAGAACGCAUUCUCUUGCGCUACGGUUCUGGAGCAGCCUCCAGGGAGGAGCAGACGGGCUGCUGGCAGCCGGCGUCGCGGUGCGGCACACAGGCACGCUUCCAGCUCUCAGCACUAAGUCACUGUCUAACAAGUGUGCAUCGCAUCACGGGACAAAUGCUAUUCCAGAAAUAUCAGAGGUUAAUCUGAUGCACCGUCCCUUACAUAGCAUCGCAGUGUAACGCUUUGCUUGGGGGGUGGGGGGGGUUCUGGCUCUCUCUUUUCCGUGCUUACUGGCGGAUCGCUGCCACUUUUUCUCCUGGAAGCAGGUAGCGGUGUGAGGAAGGGGUGAGCAGCAUCCGUAGACCUGGGGCCGGCUCUGAGCCAAUGGCCACUUGUUUCCACUAGGGGUGAAUUUGGCUGGGGGCUUUAGUAAACGCUGACGGUGCUAUAGCCAGUAAUUGCAGAUGUAACAAUAAGUGAUCACGUUUUGUUUAUUCGCGUGCAGUAAAUUACCCUGUGAGAAUAGUAAAUAUAACUCCACCCCAGCGAAGCAGCGUGAAGAGUCCAAACGCUGGAAGAUGACUCUGUAGACACACACACAGAGUAGAACAGAAAGGCCAAAAAUACCACACAAAAAUCAUACGCUGCGCAGCCUAGAGACCCGACCUUGCAACACACUGAACUCCCAUUGAAGAACUCAAGACAUCAUGCAGGAUCCGUCCCCAGAUUCUGAGCGUUCCCAUCUCUCCUCGUUCACUAUGAAAUUGAAGGGCAAGUUUCAUUCACCAAAAAUAAAGAGAACUCCUUCCAAGAAGGGAAAGCAAGCUGACCUGACAGUGAAAACACCGGAGAAGUCAGCCAACAAAAACGUAUCAUGGCUAGAAGAGAAGGAGAAGGAGGUCGUCAGUGCACUGCGCUACUUUAAGACGAUUGUGGACAAAAUGGCAAUUGAUAAGAAAGUAUUAGAGAUGCUGCCAGGCUCAGCAAGUAAAGUGCUGGAAGCCAUCCUGCCCUUGGUGCAAACUGAUCCGCGCAUCCAGCAAAGUUCUGCCAUCUCAUCCUGCUACAGCCGUGUGUACCAGAGUCUGGCCAAUCUCAUUCGCUGGUCUGAUCAAGUGAUGCUGGAAGGUGUGAAUUCAGAAGACAAAGAGAUGGUGACAACGGUGAAGGAUGUCAUAAAAGCUGUUCUGGAUGGAGUUAAGGAGCUGGUCAAACUCACGAUUGAAAAGCAGGAGCAUCCUUCUCCCACAAGCCCAGUUAAACCCAGUUUACCAGCAUGUAAAUCUGAUAGCCCAUCAGAACUUCCCCUUACAGACCGAGAAAUGGAGAUCCUGAGCAAAACAACUAAUAUGACUCAAUCGAAUGAGCUACUGACGGACUCCAUGGACGAAGAGGUUGCACCUCCUAAACCCCCUCUGCCUUGCAUUCGUGUGGCAGAAAACAGCCCUCCUCCAGCCUUGCCCCCUAAGAAACGGCAGUCGGCUCCUUCCCCGACCAGAGUGGCGGUUGUGGCCCCCAUGAGUCGAGCCACCAGUGGAUCUAGUUUGCCUGUUGGAAUCAACAGACAGGAUUUUGAUGUCGACUGCUAUGCCCAGAGAAGGUUGUCAGGUGGCAGCCACUCCUACGGGGGAGAAUCUCCUCGCCUCUCACCGUGCAGCAGCAUUGGCAAACUCAGCAAGUCCGAUGAGCAGCUCUCUUCCCUGGACCGCGACAGUGGUCAGUGCUCCCGCAACACAAGCUGUGAAACAUUAGAUCAAUCAGAUCACUAUGACCCGGACUAUGAAUUCCUGCAGCAGGACCUCUCGAAUGCUGAUCAGAUACCUCAACAGGUGCCAGGUAUCCUCAGCCCCUUGCCAGAGUCCCUGGGCGAAUCUGGCUCCCCUUUCCAUGGACACACUUUCCAGCUCCCACAGAGCAGCUCUUCUCCACUGGAAUUCUGCAGCCUCUCAGGAGCUGUGCAGCCAACAGAGACCCCUCCAGCUUUACCAGAAAAGAAGAGGAGAAGUGCAGCCUCUCAGACUUCAGACUCAGGCUGCAGGAUCUCAUACGAGAGACACCCUUCACAGUAUGAUAACAUCUCAGAGGAUGAUAUGCAGAAUGCAGGGUCUCUCUCAUCAGUACCCUGCACGCCAUUUGCUCCUGUUUUGCCCUUCCAACAAGGAAACUCUUCAGCACCGGUUGAAUUCAUUGCUGAUUUUGCUGCUCCAGAUUCUAACAGUGACCCAGAGAAGCCACCGCCUCUGCCGGAGAAGAAAAACAAACACAUGAUGGCAUACAUGCAGUUUGUGGAGGACUACUCGGAGCCGCAGCCAUCCAUGUUCUACCAGACCCCGCAGAACGAGCACAUCUACCAGCAGAAGAACAAGCACCUCAUGGAGGUCUAUGGCUUCAACGACUCCUUUAUCAGCUUAGACCCCUCUCAAGAUCUGGCACCCCCUCCUGCUCUCCCACCGAAGCAGCGGCAGCUGAGUGAAAACGCCAGUGAGGAGGCUGGUGAGGGUGAAUACGUCAAUCUGUAUUCCUCUGGCCAGAGCAACGGGGAACUCCCUCAUUCUGGAGGAGAAUCUCCCUCUGUCAAAGACGGCCAUUCCAAAGACUCCACUUCAAACAGCAGUGCCAUGGGGAAGGAAGGCAAAGAUGGUGCUGAGAGGCAGCAGCAGUCACCAGAUGCUUUGGAAUCGUCACAGUUGGAGGAAGAAGUGGAUGAGCUCUCCCUCAUUGAUCACAGUGAAAUUAUGGCUAGGUUAACUCUGAAGCAAGAGGGAGAUGAUGGGCCAGAUGUCCGCGGUGGAUCUGGAGAUAUUUUGUUAGUGCAUGCAACGGAGACUGACAGGAAAGAUCUGGUGCUGUACUGUGAAGCCUUCCUGACUACAUACAGGACAUUUAUUACCCCUGAAGAGCUCAUCAAGAAGCUGCAGUACAGGUAUGAGAAGUUUUGCCACUUCCCAGAUACGUUUAAGAAGCGAGUCAGUAAGAACACCUUCUUCGUGCUGGUGAGAGUGGUGGAUGAGCUGUGCUUAGUGGAGCUGACGGAGGAGAUCCUCAAGCUGCUGAUGGACCUGGUGUUCCGGCUGGUCUGCAACGGGGAGCUGAGCCUCGCCAGAGUGUUACGCAAAAACAUCCUGGAUAAAGUGGAUCAGAAGAAAAUGCUGAGAUACGCCAACUCCAUCAAACCUCUCGCAGCCCGUGGCGUGGCAGCCAGGCCGGGGACCUUGCAUGAUUUCCACAGUCACGAAAUAGCCGAGCAGCUGACCCUCCUAGAUGCUGAACUCUUCUAUAAAAUCGAGAUACCAGAAGUUUUGCUUUGGGCAAAAGAGCAAAAUGAAGAGAAGAGCCCCAACCUGACGCAGUUCACAGAGCACUUUAAUAACAUGUCCUACUGGGUCCGUUCAAUAAUAAUGCUACAAGAGAAAGCCCAAGACCGAGAGAGGCUACUCCUUAAGUUUAUAAAGAUUAUGAAGCACUUACGAAAGCUGAAUAAUUUUAAUUCCUAUCUGGCCAUUCUUUCUGCACUGGAUUCUGCACCCAUCCGAAGGCUGGAGUGGCAGAAACAAACCUCAGAGGGCCUGGCUGAGUACUGCACGCUGAUCGACAGCUCCUCGUCCUUCCGCGCCUACCGUGCAGCUCUGGCUGAUGUGGAGCCUCCCUGCAUCCCGUACCUAGGCCUGAUUCUGCAAGACCUGACCUUUGUUCAUCUGGGAAACCCGGACUACAUCGACAGCAAGGUGAACUUCUCCAAGCGCUGGCAGCAGUUUAACAUCCUGGACAGCAUGAGGUGCUUCCAGCAGGUACAUUACGACAUCAAGAGAAACGACGACAUCGUGUCGUUCUUCAACGACUUCAGCGACCACCUGGCGGAGGAGGCCCUGUGGGAACUGUCCCUCAAAAUCAAACCUCGGAACAUUACGAGGCGGAAAACAGAUCGGGAAGAGAAAACCUAGGAGGAGGGUUUGCGCGAGCGAGGAGAAUUGCUCGGCAGACGCACAGAGGGCAGCUAUGAGACUGGAGUUCAGUAUUUGUACCUGUUACGGGGUGACGCACCCUCCCUCCGGGCCGGCGGCGACCUCGGGGCUGUGAGUGCUGGGAGAGCGGUGGCCGCCGCGCAGACGGCAGCGGGCAGAGAUCGGGCAGCGCCCGCCUCCCUCCUCCUCCCGUCCCUCCGUGCCAGCGAGCGGCUUCGCACCCGGGGAGAGAGCUUUGUGGAAGGAGGGGCCCGGGCAAGAGCGUUCCUGAUGGUGUUUGGAAACACGCGGGCUUUUGUCUUCAUCCGGGAUGGAGGACGAGCAGAGCUCGGCGCCCGGGGGCUCGUCUCCAUGGUGGUGUGCAGCGGACAGAAGCUGAGGCUUUUCCCAGGAAGAUGGGGGUGAAGGAGCCCCGCUGCCUGCCCGAGGGCCGGGCUUGUUUACAGGGGGCUUCAGUUUGCCCCACAUCUCUCUCGCCUUCUCGAUGGGAGGAAGGCGCCGCGUGCAGAUACAGAAGAGGCACUGAAUGGUGGGCAGGGAGCCGCCGUCUCCAGCCAUCCGACCCCCUCCUCCUCUCAGAUCUCACUAUUUAAGCCACAGCGAUCCCCCCGACCCCUGAAAACGUGGACUACCCGAGGUACUGCGCUCACCUGCCCUGUGGGCCCGUAUCUUGUAGUGAUGGUACUAGCUUUUGCACAGUAAAUUCUGUAGUAUAUGACUGUAAAUAUUAGCGUUUAGAAUCCACUGGAGAUUUUUCUUUUUGAUGCAUGUCUGAAUACCAGUGGGUUUAUAGGAGAAAAAGUGCAAAACAUGAUGCGUAUAAAACUCACAACCAGUGACAGCGUCGUUCCCGUAAAGGAGGCUGGGGGCUGCCCCUGGGCACUGGAGGAGCCAGCAGCCCCUCCCCGGGGCUGGAAGGAGCCCAGUGCACCCAGCCCCCUCUCCUCCUCUCCUUGUUGCCAAAUGGUUCUCAUCCCCAUGACCCAUGGUGCUGUGCUCCGUGACCGCGCUCUGGAAGAAGCCCCUCUAGGCCCCGUCCCCAGCACUGCCCGCACCCCACGCUCCCCUCCUGUUCCGUGUGCCUUACUCAGCCCCGCCGUCCCCACUUCGUGUCCCCGUCCCCUCUCCCAGGCUGUCCCCUCCCUCCUUUCUGGCCCCAUUCAGUUGUUUACAGCGUGGGUCGUGGUUCUGAGCACGUGCUGUAGGUUUUACCCUGCCCCCCCCCCCAAGGCGUUCUGCAGGCCCACGUGCCGCGGUCGCGGGUUUUUCAGAGCUCCAACGCAGCCCUGCAGCUGAGGGCAGCAGCUCACAGGGGGUGUUUCUCAGAGCAUCCUCGCUGCAUUCCUCCAUCGCAGGUCAAUGUUUGCCAAGCCUCUGUUUGUUCUGGGUGGAUCAGAGUGGCGAGCGCUUCCUUCUGCAGGUUGCAAAGCCUUGCUGGCUGCCGGCCGUGCUUGCAGCGGGGCACUUUGCUCCGCUCAUGGGGUUGCACCCGACGGCAUCAUUUUCCCAACGAUGCAGCGGGACCACGGCUCAGGUGAGCCCAGCUCCCUGCACUGCACAGCCCCGCAGCAGCAGGAGGAGCGGGGCCCUGGCUGUGCCUCGUCGCCAGAGUCAGAACACUUCAAAACCUUUUAUUUUUUUAAGGCACUACCAGCCCUGGGGCUGCACGCCGUGCUCGGCCAAGGCUUUGCAACCCCCAGAGCGGGAAGCGAUUCUUUUAUUUCUCUUUGUAAAUAAGAUUUAAAGAGAGCAACACGAUGAGAUGGAAAAGGCAAACGCAGCCUGCACCCAGCACAGGGCUCUGCUGGCCCCGAGCGCGUCGCUGCCAUGUGCUGCAGCGCAGGAGCUGUCAGUGCGGGGACAGCACGAAGACGGCCCCGUGGCUCCAGGUCCCCGUGUGCUGGGGGUGCGGGGAGCAGCAGUGCUGUGCCCAGGGCUCGGUGCCACGCGCAGAGGGACGGGGCUGGGGGCACGCAGCCCUCAGCUCGCCUCUCCCCUGCGGGGAGCCCUGGGGGUCUCGGUUCCCCCUGGGGCAGGGGGGAGAGAAGCGAUGCGCUUUGCUAUCAGCCCCGUGCUGCUCCCCAGCCUCCCCCCGGCCCCAGCUGUUUGGCUGUAUUAUGUAUUUACCACUAACCCGGUCCCAGUGGUGGCAUCUUCCUGCAAACAUUUCAAACCUGUAACUUUUAUAUUAAAGACGAAUAAACACCAGUAACAAACCUGCCUAACGAUCCUGUUUACAGUGCAUGCAGCAGUCUGUGGAUUAAAGUGACAAUCGAAUCCGCUCCUCAA